AAGUAAGCGCGCCUUCCUCGGUUGCCAGUCUGGGCGAUGGUGGCCAUAUUAAGUUUGGGCGAGGACUUCGUUUCUGGGCUGCGUUUCCGCCGCCCGCUUCCUGCUGAGGGCAGUCUGCUAAACUCCGAGGGGUCAGGACGAGAGAGGAGAGUGAGCUGAAGAGUUCAGCGCUCGCCGUGGGGAUUGAGCUUAAAGCCACAAUUUGAACGAAUGAUUCCGACAAUUCCCGCGGAAGCCUUGGAAUCCCAAUUGACAGGGACAACAGGAUCUUUGAAGGGUACUACCUAAUCUGAGGUGCCCUCCUUCUCCAGUCACAUUUGCUAACAGUAUGGCCUUUUUGAACUUGGCUGCUGGAAGGCGAUUAGCCAUCUGUCUGCCCAGCAGCUCCCCCCAUUCCCGUGCUACUGUUGGUCCUCAGCAGAAAGCAUCCCUAUCUGGCUGUGAGGAAGUGCCCUGGCUGGGAGGGAGGAGGAUCAGGUACAUGAAGUUUAAAGCCCCACAUGGCUGGCAAGAAAUCAUCAGGCAAGUCGGACGGCACACCUUUCAUUUCAGCACCCGGGAGGCAGAGACAGGAGGAUCUCUGUCAGCUUGAGGCCAGCCUGGUCCACAGAGGGAGUUCCAGGACAGCCAAGGCUACACAGAGAAACCCUGUCUCGAAAAACCAAAAAAAGAAGAAAAGGAAAAAGAAAUCAUCCGGCGGGCAACCACUGCUGUUUCUGGGGCUGUUGGUCACGGUAGCUGCCAUCCACCUUGUGGCCUGUCCCUAUACCAAGGUAGAGGAAAGCUUCAACCUACAGGCUACACAUGACCUACUGUACCACCAGCUGGACAUAGACAAGUACGACCACCACGAGUUUCCUGGAGUCGUUCCCAGGACAUUCCUUGGGCCACUGCUGAUCGCAGUGUUCUCCAGUCCUGUGGUUUAUGUGCUUUCGCUGUUGGAAGUAUCCAAGUUUUAUUCUCAGUUGACAGGUAAGGGCCUCACGUGGAUGAGAACUGUGGCAGCAUCACAUGAUCCCAGGUGGGGCGGGCUCUUUGUCUGGCUCUCAGCCUUCGCCAUUAUUGGCUUCAGGGCUGAGCUGUGCAUGCUGCUGGGCCUUAUGCUGCUGCUGACCUUGUACCAAAGAAGAUUGUCUGUAGCCAGAUUGUUCCAGCACGCCAUCCCAGCAGGGAUUCUCUGUCUGGGACUGACGGUUGCUGUGGACUCCUAUUUCUGGAGAUACCUUGUAUGGCCAGAAGGAGAGGUGCUUUGGUACAACACUGUCCUGAACAAAAGUUCCAACUGGGGCACCUCCCCGCUCCUCUGGUAUUUCUACUCUGCCCUGCCCCGAGGCCUGGGCUGCAGCCUUCUCUUCAUCCCCCUGGGUGCAGUGGACAGGAGGACCCAUGCACUGGCCCUGCCAAGCCUGGGAUUUGUGGCUUUGUAUUCGCUCCUGCCGCAUAAGGAACUGCGGUUCAUCAUCUAUACCUUCCCUGCGCUCAACAUCAUGGCUGCCAGAGGCUGCACCUAUGUCCUGAAUAAUUAUAAAAAGCCUUGGCUGUACAAGAUGGGAACUCUGCUUGUGAUAGGACACAUCCUGGUAAAUGUGGCAUAUACGGCCACAUCCCUCUACGUAUCCCAUUUCAACUAUCCUGGUGGUGUCGCAAUGCAGCGGCUACAUGAGCUGGUGCCACCCCAGACAGAUGUUCUUCUGCACAUUGAUGUGGCUGCUGCCCAGACAGGAGUGUCACGGUUUCUACAGGUCAACGAUGACUGGAGGUAUGACAAGAGGGAAGAUGUCCAGCCUGGAGCAGCGGGCAUGCUGGACUACACGCACAUCCUCAUGGAGGCAGCACCCAGGCACCUGGCCCUCUACAGCGACACACACCGUGUCCUGGCCAGUAUUGAGGGCACUACGGGUGUGAGUCUGACUCUGACCAAGCUGCCACCCUUUGAUGUCAACCUGCAGACAAAACUGGUGCUUCUGGAGCGGCUGCUUAGGCCGGCCUGAGAGGGUGGGAGUUCACCAGGAGCAUCGCAGUGUGGUCACCCUUCUAACUCAGUGAAGACAGUUCAGGAAAGCAAAGCAAAGGACCAAGGACUCCCAGCAUGCCUCUGGUGUCGGUCUGCAGCAGGCUGGGCCCUGCCAUAGCCACACCUGGGGCAUAGGGUGGAGAGACUGUGGAGCCCGGGACACACCACCAAGUGUGACAGUGGCCUGCUCAGACCUGUCUGCCAUGGUUAGGUGGCCCACAGGAUCGUUUAUAUUCAACCUGGGAACCAGUCAUAACCAAGAGGGGACAGCGAGCCAGGCAAGAACACCCUGCCACCCCAGCUCUGCAGGGACCCUUUGUGUAUUUCCUGCCCUGAACCACACUUGGUGCCCAUGGCCUCAGGAGACCACAAUACAAACCCAGAGCUUCAGGACAGGGAGCUCCACCACCACCCAUUAUUGCAGCUGUUCAUUCUUAGGACCUAAACAUGUUUAUAAAAGAACAGAAAUAAAAAUUAUGUUUUCUUA